AUGGAACAAAGGUUGGAAAAACUAGAACGGCUUCAAAAGGAAACGCAAGACCAGUGGCAGGUGCAAAUGAAAGAACAUGUGGAAAAGAUCCAAAAAGACAUGGUACAAAAGAUGAAGGAGUCUCAGGAUGACCUAAUGACUAAAUUGACGCAAUUAAUAACUAAGGGAGCGGAUAAAGGGAAAGGUCUUGUGAUUUGCGAUGAAGAAGAAAGCAAUGAUGAACCACUUUUUCCUCCAGGAUUCACACCUCCGCAUGCGUCGGAUCUGGUUCUAGUCCUGGCGAUAAUCUGGUUAAUUGAUUUCGAUGAAGUAGCUGAGAAAGACAAGGUAAAGGAAGAGUUACCAAAGCAGUUUGAGGAGAAAUGGAAAUGGAUUGAAGAGAAGUUUAGGGCAAUAGAAAGUAUCGACAGCUAUUGUGGAAUAGAUGCGAAAGAUUUGAGCUUAGUUCCGGAUCUGGUGCUUCCUUACAAAUUCAAGAUGCCGGAAUUUGAGAAAUAUAAUGGGACCAGUUGCCCAGAAGCCCAUAUCACUAUGUUCUACAGGAGAAUGAUGGGGUAUAUUAAUAAUGAUCAAUUAUUAAUACACUGCUUCCAGGAUAGUCUUACAGAUAACUCUGCGAAUUUGGAGAAGAAAUCGAACGAGAGCUUGGAUAAUACGUCUGAGAGGUGGAGAGAAGUGGCAGUGCAGAAUUUCUCAGAUAUAAUUAUGAACGGUGAAAUGAUCGAGCAUGCUAUUAAAAGUGAAAGAAUAGACGGAGGGGAGAACAAUAAAAGGACAGCCCCGUGGAAAAGAGAAAAUGAAGUGAAUAAUGUGAAUGCCUACAGUAAAUCAAUUAUUGUGAGUCAACCAAAGAAGGCGGUCAUUAAUCAACAGGGCUCAUCGAAACAAGAGUCGGGAAUGAGGCAAAAUACUGAAAAACCCCAGUUCACUCCCAUUCCAAUGACAUAUAAGGAGCUGUACCAGAAUUUAUAUAAUGCGCAUGUUGUCGCUCCUCGUUACUUGAGUCCUCUACAACCCCCAUAUCCAAAAUGGUAUGACACAAACGCUCAGUGUGAUUAUCAUGCCGGAAUUUCAGGACACUCGAUAGAAAAUUGUACUGCUUUCAAGAAGGUAGUGGAAGGACUUAUCAAAUUGGGCGUUGUCAAAUUUGGUGACUCACCCAACACAGAAAGUCCGUUGCCCAAUCAUGAUGAAGGGGUGAACGCGAUAAUUGAGAAUGGAGGAAGGAGAGUCAAAGCCAAUGUAGCAGAGAUAAGGACCCCCCUUGAAUGGGUUUGGAAACAAAUGGUAAAAGGAGGACGCAUCAAGCAAGAUUCAAUAGAAAAGCCUGAAGGAGCAAGUAAGUUUUGUAAGUUCCACGCAGAAGAAGGCCACGACAUCCAAAAAUGUACCGAAUUCAGAACCAUGGUGCAAAACUUGAUGGAUAACAAAGAGUUGGAGUUCUAUGAAGAGAUUAAUGGACUAGAAGAAGGAGAAGUUUAUGCUGCAGAAGAAGGAUCCACGGGGAAAGCCCAAAAGGCUAAUCACCCAGUGGUAAUUAUUUCAAAACCAAUGAGCAGAGAAUCUGGAAUUCAAAUAGCGCCAAAGGUCAUAAUCCAAAAACCUGUAUCCUUUUCUUACGAGGAUAGCAAAAAGGUUCCUUGGAAUUACGACUACAAUGUGACAAUUCCGGGGAAAAAGAGCUUGGUAAACGCUUCAGGAGAAGAUGAAGGAUUCUAUACACGAAGUGGAAAAUGCUAUGAUCCGCCGGUAACUAAAAAUGAGGCUAGAGAAUUUCUAAAAUUCUUGAAACAUAGUGAGUACAGCGUGGUAAAACAAUUGCAUAAACAACCGGCUCGUAUCUCGGUGCUUGAGUUGCUUAUAAGUUCGGAGAUACAUCGUAAUGCGUUGAUUAAGGUGCUAAAUGAAACUUAUGUCGCUCACGAUAUCUCAGUGAAUAAGUUGGAUCGCUUGGUUAACAAUAUCAGUGCCGACAAUUUCAUUUUCUUUAAUGAUGAUGAAAUACCGCCGGGGGGAAGAGGAACCACCAAAGCAUUACAUAUCACUGCUCGUUGCGGGGAGUAUGCGUUAGCAGGAGUGCUAAUUGAUAAUGGGUCUGCCUUGAAUGUUUUACCCCUAUCUACCUUGAAAAGGUUACCGAUGGAUAGCUCUCACAUGAAAUCAUGUCAGAAUAUAGUGAGAGCAUUUGAUGGUACUGAAAGGAAGGUGAUGGGAAGAAUAGAAAUACCCCUCUUGAUUGGCCCGAAUAUAUACGAGGUGGAUUUUUUAGUGAUGGAUAUCAAGCCUUCGUAUAACUGCUUGUUAGGAAGACCCUGGAUUCAUUCAGCAGGAGCGGUGCCUUCAUCAUUACACCAGAAGUUGAAAUUGGUAACAGAAGGACGGUUAAUUACGAUUGACGCUGAGGAAGAUAUCAUUGCAUCGGUAACGGUGUGCAAGACAUAUUUGGGAACAGAUGAUGAGGCGGUUGAAUGUUCCUUUUGA